AUUGCCUUUAACCGAUUUAGUUGGAGUAACGAUCGAUUUUCAUUGGAUCCUACAAUAGUGGAGUCAGAAUGGGUUAAGAGUGAGAGCUCAACACAGUUAUCACCCCAUUAAGAGUAGAGGUUACAUUGUAUAGUUGUCCUUCAUAGCUGGCUAUAGUAAUUCCCACAUCUGGCCCCAUGGCUUUGCUUACAAGUUAAGACCAUCAACGGUCAUGGAAUUCGUAUCAACUUCCGCUUAGAUGUGAAGCAUACGAGGACAGCCUCCUGACAUGCCGGAGCAUCCACCAAUUUCAGACCAUCCACUAUCUGGGAUGCAAGGAGCUCAUGUGUGUCCCACCACACCAGGUGUGUUAGAGAGUCCAGAUUUCUGGAAUUAUUCACCCAAUCUGAGAUAUAUUUACCGGAUAAACAACAUGAGUGGUGAAGUUGAAAUUUGACCUGUUUGCAGAAGCCACCAGCUCAAAAUAUCUUAUAAUAAAACACUCGUUAUUUAUCGUUCGACGGCGCACGGCCAUGCCAACACGUAAAUGAAGUCUCUCACGAAUGGUUACGGGCCACGGCAUCUCGCAUGCAUGACCACAGAUGGUAAGCACGCGACACCUGGUGGGGCGAAAUAGGUAACUGGAGCAGAAGCGUCGGCAAUACCGACUCGAAGAUGCGAUGCAUGCACACUGAAGGCCACUCUUGGAAGAUGUGAAAGCGUGGUGGGAGCUGAUGGCCAACGUCCCGCCUCAACGUGACGCGUCGCAUCAUUCGCAGUGCCACCGAGAUAAGAAGAUGAAGCGACUCUUCAUCUCAAAUAACAAAAGGACAUCAAAAAACAGAGAGAAAAAUAGAGACGAAAAAAUAGUAGGGGAUAUAAUUCCCAAGACCCAAUCAACUUGAUUUCUGAUUCUAAGCAGAGGGGGUAAUAUGCCAAGAAGAUUCCAUAGAAGUAGACCAUCCCCCCAUCUUUUGAACGGAGAAGACGGGGAAGAAGGAAUCCUAGUGGUGGAAAACGCUGCUACAAAACUAAACAAUUGGAGUUGACUGACCCCACGUAGAUUCUCGUUCAGCACGUAAUGUGUUGGUGGACUCCUUGUCAUAACCCUGGGGGAAUAUUACUUCGGACAAACCAAAGUUCGAAUUCAACAACUGUCGCAUAUAGGAACAUGUGUUCUUACAUGUUAUGGAACCAACCUUUAAGCUUGGAUGUAAGUUGGCUGGCAGGUAUUUUCAUCCUCUUUUCAUGUGGAAAUGACUAAUAACUUUAAGAUACAAUAGAUGGGAAGUUAUCCUGGCAACCUUUGAUUGUCGAAUGCCCGAAACCAAUCUCAAUUCUUUCUUCCAUGAAUGUUUGAGGACUCGAUUUAAGUAUUUACUAAGAAAACACAAAAAAAGGGAAUCUAAUUGACCUUUACGUAUCAAGGUUUGCCGCCAGGCUGGAAACCAAAGGAGAAGGGCAUUUUCGAUAAUUUUGUAUUAGUUUAUUCUUCUUCGUAGGGGCCCGCCUGAUGACUACACCUCCCGUCGUUUCCUACGCGGCGCCCAUCCCUUACGUUCGGCUCACUGCUACCAAUGACUGCCGUCCUUUUUACCUUCACUCGGUCUCCCAUCCAACUUUUGCCUAAGCAAUCGUGAAGAGUACGUCAACCGCCCCUGCUUGCAAGCAGAGUAGAGGGCGCGUCAACUGUCCUAAACAGUAUCGGAUCGUUUGGCUAACCAAACCGAUCGUAUAUGAUUUAGUGAAUGUGAAUUCCAAUUACUAAUAUUAUUAAUGUUAUACGUUUGGUUGUUUCGGACCCCUUGCGUCUUACGCUUUGCUUUCCUUUUGUCCUAUAAAUGCCGGGAAGUGGAAGCCUUUGCAAGGCUUGAAGAGACGCCUCCCCAAAAACACUUCCGAGCUUCUCUUUCCCCUCUCUCUCCUCCCACCUGCAACGAAACUGCUUUGCCACCUGAGCCAGUGAAGAGAUCGGGGUUUGCCAUGGUGGGAACGUCGUGCUCCUCCUCGUCCUCUUGCGCUUCGUUCGGCUCCUUAGACGCGGAAACCGCGGCCGCCAAGCGUUCCCCCAGCGCCGCCACCAUCAAGUUCCUCAGCAGCUACGGCGGCAAGAUCCUCCCCCGUUACCCCGACGGCAAGCUCCGCUACAUCGGCGGCGACACCCGUGUGCUGGCUGUCGACCGUUCCGUCCCCUUCUCAGAGCUGCAGGAGAAGAUGAGGGAGAUGUGCGGGUGGGUCGCGGUCAGCCUCCGCUGCCAGCUGCCGACGGAGGACCUUGACGCGCUCGUGUCGGUCAAGUCCGACGAGGACCUCGCCAACAUCAUGGAGGAGUACGAUCUCGCUGGCCGCGAGAAGAUCCGGGCCUUCUUGUUCCCCCCAUCGUCCAAACCGAGAAGCCCCACCCACCCAGCGGCGACGGCCACGGCGCUGCCCAGCGGCCGGCCCUGGAUACUCUCCGAGAAACGCUGCAUCCACCAGAUCUCUGAUCCGAUGAGGUAUCCUGGCCGGUACGGUAAGUCCGGCGCCAUAUCCUCAGGAGAUAUACGUUACCGUGCCCAUCACCACCACCCCCAACAUCACCACCAUCACCAUCAUCUCCAUGGCCACCAUGCGAUUCCAAAGCCGUGCAACUAUCUCGUGCAUCAAGGAAGCCAGUGGCAGUAGUACCAUCGCCACCAAGGAGAAGAACUCGAGGUAAAACAGAAGAACCGAAACGGAGCUCCGUUCACCUGUAACCGGGAGUAGACUGUAUCGAAUCUCGCUUGCUUUUAAUACAAAAAUAAAUCUAAAAAAGAAAAUAAACCUCCCAACAAUUAAACUCUAAAAUAACCGAAAAGGGUUUUCUUCAUCCUCCUCGUCUGUGGCCUGCCGUCUUCUCUGGGCUUUUCCUCUCCCCCGAGUGUGUGAUUUCUUAGAGUUUCCCACCUCUCCGUUCGUGUCACACGUGAGUCGCAGGUGUCUUCGUUAGGACUCCGUUCGUGGUCUUCCACUCUUUUAGGUUUGCGUUCCUUCUACUUUUUGGUUUUUCUUGGUCGUGUCCGUUAACGUGCCGUUUCUUCUCUUUCUGUUGAAAUGUUUUUUUUAUUUAUUUCGGCCUUUAUUUUUUUGAUUUGUGGCUAUUACUCAUUCAAUCGCUUUGUCUCUGUUCGCAGGUUGCUUCGUGGUGCGGUGAACCGCUUCAUCGCGGGACCAUGUAUUUUUGUUGGCACCCGCAAUCGAUGCGCCGGACACAACAAGUUCAUACA